AUGGAAGCCGUUCAGUAUUUUAGACCGUUUUUCAACCUCUUCUACCACUACCGGAUCGAAGGGCAACAUUUCAAAAUCAACGCACAGCAGCAUAAAUUGUUUAUCGUGAAAUGUGCCCUAAUAAUGACGCUGUGCGUGUUGGCAGCAUUUUGCGCACGAUCGUUUGCCGAUCAAAUUAUUCCCAACCGAAGCUGCAUCAAUCGAAUGAUCAACUGGCUCUGUCUUGGUUCGGCGCUUGCCGCCAGUUUUAUGGUAACUUGGGAAAGUUUGGCCUCCAGCAAGGAGGAAUCCCGCAUAUGGGACAACUUUAACGGAAUCGAAAAUAUGUUGCUUGUGGGUGACGGUUCCGCGGAGGAAACCAUUUUUCGUCGCUUCAGCCGCAUGUACAGUGUAAUGUUUUAUGCGUGGUUGGUACAGAUUGUGCUCGUCGUGUGGCUGAUGAUAAUGGACAGUGGAAUGGACAUUGAAAACUUGCGCUACUUUAUACUAAUUUUCGAAAUCCUUAGCACAGUCGAUAGUGUGAAAAUGCUGCAGAUUGUACUGUACGUGCGCAUUUUGACCGCGUAUGUGCAUUUGCUGGCCAAUAAAAUUAAACACGUGACAGCGUGUGUUAAUCAGGAAGCAAGUACGGAAUACAUUCACGAGCAGUUGCGCCUGGUGAGCAAGUGCUAUUUUGCCUGCAUGAAAGUGUUCUGCAUGAUGCAGGAUCAGUUCGGUUGUAGUCUUUCUUUUAUGUGUUUCAAGUACAGCAUAGCCUUGUGGAACGAAAUCUAUUGGACCGUUUAUCGCUCCGUCCUGGACCGUUCUUUCCGAUGGUACUGUCUCAAUAUUGUUCCUUACCAUUUCGUCUUCAUAUACUUUACCUGGGCUUGUGAGCAGUUCUAUGCGGAGAUCCACAGUUUAUCGCGUCUGAUUUACACGAUAAAUAUAGACAAAGUAGAAACGUCCGUGCGCCUGAGGAUUCAACAGCUACAACUACUGCUAGACUACAAGGUCCUUUUCUUUCACACAUUUGGCAUAUGUCUCGUGUCGUACAAACUCAUCGUACAGUACUUCAUAUCCGGAAUAACGAAGGUUUCUUUCAUUGCACAAAUUCUAAUCGAUUUCUCCUACGACUGA